UCGUCGGGGGCUCUGAUGACGAUUGACCAAAGUCUGCUUCUCGAUCCCAAAUUGUUGUUCAUCGGCUCCAAGAUUGGCCAAGGCGCUCACGGCAAAGUCUACCAAGGAAGGUAUGGUAGCGAGAUUGUUGCUAUCAAAGUUGUCAAACCUGAUGACAAAUCUUCCUUAGAGAGCCGCCGUUUCAUCCGCGAAGUCAAUAUGAUGUCCCGAGUUCAACACCCUAAUCUUGUCAAGUUUAUUGGAGCCUGCAAAGACCCUCUCAUGGUGAUAGUGACUGAGCUGCUCCCAGGGAUGUCCCUCCGUAAAUAUCUUGCCUCCAUCCGUCCUCAGGUGCUCCAUCUCCCUCUUGCUUUGUCCUUUGCCCUUGACAUUUCCCGCGCCUUGGACUGCUUACACGCCAAUGGUAUCAUUCACCGUGACCUCAAACCUGACAACUUGUUGCUCACGGAGAAUCACAAAUCCGUCAAGCUUGCCGAUUUUGGGCUUGCUAGGGAAGAAACCGUUACUGAGAUGAUGACCGCUGAGACUGGGACUUACCGUUGGAUGGCUCCUGAGCUCUACAGUACUGUGACCCUUCGCCAAGGAGAGAAGAAGCAUUACAAUAACAAAGUUGAUGUCUACAGCUUUGGUAUCGUGCUCUGGGAGCUUCUCACUAAUCGGAUGCCUUUCGAGGGCAUGUCCAACCUUCAAGCCGCCUAUGCUGCAGCAUUCAAGCAGGAGAGGCCAGGAAUGCCAGAGGGUAUACCUCCCAGUCUCGCGUUCAUAGUGCAGUCUUGUUGGGCGGAGGACCCAAACAUGAGGCCAAGCUUCAGCCAAAUUAUCAGACUGCUCAAUGAGUUCCUCCUUACCCUCACUCCUCCCCCUCCGCCUCUGCCUCACCCUCACACCAACAGGACCAACAGCGGAGCCAUCACUGAGUUCUCCAGCCGCGAAAAGGGAAAAUUUGCCUUCAUUCGCCAGCUUUUUGCUGCUAAGAGGAACAGAAACUCUUAGGUACCUACCAAGAAGAGAUCUUCGUCUUCGCCACUGCCACUGCUUUGGUGAAUACAUGACUUUAGCCGACAAGUACAAGAUUAGUCUUACGUAGCACUCACUUCUUCUUCUUCUUGUCAAGUGAUUAACUCUGGUGUAUCAGCUUCACACGCCAAACUAAUCUAGUCAAAUGUUAAAACCUAUGUUUAUCUUUAUACAUACUAAAAAGUAAAAACACUUGUGGAUGGUCAACUAUGUAUAUUAUCUACUUUAUACGUUUUAUACUU